CAGCACCCUAUGACAACAUCCUGAAAGCCCUCUUCCCAUACAUGUUGGACAGUCUGUGGUCACAUGCAACAUUCAGUCAUUUGUUUUGGUUAUUUUACAAAUAAUUGAACAAGCUUACAGCUAAAAUGGACGACCGAGAGCUAGACCUGACAGAGGCACAGAAAGCUACCAAGUCCAAAUACCCGCCAAUCAACAAAAAAUAUGAAUACCUUGAUCAUACUGCAGAUGUACAAAUUCACUCCUGGGGAAACUCUCUAGAGGAAGCCUUUGAGCAGUGCGCCAUGGGCAUGUUCGGCUACAUGACGGACACAGAGACAGUGGAACCGCUUGAUACUGUUGAAGUGGAAUCACAGGGUGACGACUUCGAGUCCCUUCUUUUCCACUUCCUAGAUGACUGGUUGUAUAAGUUUUGUGCAGAUCUCUUCUUUGUUCCCAGGGAGAUCAAAGUUUUGCACAUAGACAGAAUAAACUUUAAGAUCCGAUCUAUUGGAUGGGGUGAAGAAUUUUCUCUGGAAAAGCAUCCACAGGGAACAGAGGUGAAAGCAAUCACAUACUCCGCAAUGCAGAUCCACGAUAAGGAAAAACCAGAGAUAUUUGCCAUCAUUGAUAUCUGACGAUAUAUCCAAAGGCAGGCCUCACUCCUGGUUUAAAGAACUGAAAUAUCUACAUGGCCAAUUGAAGUGGCCUUUUUGUUGCUGCACUGAUUGUUGACUCGGUUUCUACUUCAAUGGAAAUGUUUAUUAAGAGGAGUAACAUGUAAUUGUGUUAAAGGUUCAAUGCAGGACUGCUCUCUGAUAUAUUUAAGAUUUGUGAUUAAUCAUGAUGACUAAUCAUUUUAUAAUUUGUGUUAUUUAACAAAAUGAUUGUGAAAACACCAUUCAAAUUAACUGUGUUGAUGCCUUAUUAUGCAUUGUAAAUAAAUCAACAGAUUUUUAUAUUUUGCUGCUGUUGGAUUGAUAUAAUGGGAACUUUAAAUACAAAUAAAAUCUUGCUUUUGAA